CGAAAUUGUAAUUACUCCUCGUGUUUUGUGAUCUGCUGUUGAUCCAUUAAACAGAGAACAUGCACAGGCCACGCUCUCGGGUGCAUCCCGUUGUGGUGUCGGCCAAGCGGUUUGAGGCAAUCCAGUCGCGUGCCCAUCAGGAGCAGAAGCACGCCCAGCUGGCGGCCGUCGAGGAGGAGCGGCGGUACAGGCAGUACCUCAAGGAGGGCAGCGAUCUGCUGUGCAGCCACUUCACGGGCCUCGUCACCCACGAUGCGGAGAAGAAGAAACCCAAAGUGGCGGAGCAGGCAGCAGGUGUCGAGGCGCCGCGGGCCACCAAGCAGCUGGAGGAACGUUUGCGCAAGGAGCGCAUAAUUCGGGCCAACAAUUUGCUGGACCAAUUGAAGCCGGGACACCGGGCCCUGCAUCGGGCACUGCUCGAGAGCGAGAUGCUCCACCAGCGCAGUUUCAAUGAGGCGCUCAACCGGGAGAUCGCCGAGGAUGCACGUCGCCAGCAGGAGCUGGAUGAGGCCAUGUGUCCGGAGGUGCUCAUACCCUUUAGCAACAUCACCGAGGAGGAGCUGGCGGCAAAGGAGGAGGAGAAACGUCAGGCCGUUCGGCUCGCCAUCGUUCAGGAUCUGGAAACGAAGCGGAAACUGGCGGAGGCCGAGAAGGAGCAGCGACUCUUCGACGAGACGGUGGAGCGGGCGCAGUACAAGUGCCUACAGGACAAGGAGGAGAAGGCGCUCAAGGAGAAGAAGGCACGCAGCAUUGAGUUCAAUCGCAAGGCCUAUCGCGACUCCAUGAAGCAGAAGGCCCAGAUAGAGGAGCAUGAGCGCAUUUGCGAUGUGAUCGAUGAGCGUCGCAACUGCGUCUACCAGGUAGCCACGCGCCACUUGGAUGGCCGCUACAAUGCCCAUCUGAAGGAGACGCGUGCGAAACAGCAUCGGGAUCGCGAGCAGCGGGCCGUGCGCAUCUGUCGACUGCAGCAGGCGGGAAAGAGGCAGCUGGAGGAGCGCCAGGCAAGCGUGGAGGAUCGCUACGAGUUCGAGACGCAGGUGGACGAAGGGCGACGCCAGUGUGAGCUGCAGGAGCUGGCCAAGCAGCGCAAGGACUACCAACUCGUGGAGAAGCGCGAGGCCGAGGAGAAGCUCAAGCGGGAGAGGGAGCUGCAGCGCUUCGAGGUGGCCCGACGGCUGAAGAACGCCGAAGCCAAUGAGCACUUUGAGAUCUCCGAGCAGCGGAAACGCGACAAGGUGAAGGCUGAGGUGCGCGACACGCUCUACCGCCAGCGGGAGGAGUUCAUAGAGCAGCGUCAGCAGGAGCUGAUGCGCCUGUCCGCCUGCGACGACGAUCCGCACCUGCUGGAGGACAAGAAGUUCUACGAGCAGGCCGUCGUCCUCAUGGAGCAGUCCCGCAAGGUGGGCCGCCCCCUCUAUCCCAUUGCCACGGCCGUCGAGCGCUAUGCGCGGGCCAACAAUCUGGAGGUGCAGCCGGAGCGAGGACGCGUGAAGCGCAGCCAGCUGCGGGACUGCUGCUGGCCGGGGUACCAUGCCAAGGCGGACCUUGCCUACCGCAAGUACGAGCAGGCGGAGAUGUGCCGCGAGAGCCAGCGGGAUGCCCGCAAUCAGAUCUACUGCAACGCCAUCAAGAUCAAGAAAAUGGCCUCCGUGGAGAAGCCAUACCAGCCCUGUGUGGCCUCCUGUCCCAUCAACUGUUUCCAUCGUCGCGGCAUGCCCGCUGUGGACAGCACGGACUCCUUUGACUACGGCCCACAUGUGUGCUACGAGGAGUCGCCACCGCUGGGCGCCUGUCCCAGUCGCAUGCACUCGAUGGCACCCAGCCAGCCGACACUCGUUGCACCGCCACCCAUGCCAGAAGUUCGGGUGGAGGCCACAGCUGUUCCAAACGUUGCUGCCAGUGCACCAACAAGUGGAGCUGCACCCACAGCAGUGCCUACAGCCCCAGCAAAGCCCGCCAAUGCCACAAGUGCUGGAGUACGUAGAGAAUCUUUGCCUCAAUCUCGUCCUCCAGUGUCUGUCAAGGCUCGCCGUGGAUCCGCUCGAGGUAGCACUCUGGGCACAGAUCCACGUGGAGGCAUUCUUGGCAUGCCCCAAGCCGACACUCGGGAACCAACUGGACAAAAUCGUCCAGCAAAUAUACCCAAUCCCACGGGCACCUGGGGCUCGGGACCGUUGCCCCAGCCACAGGCGCCAAAGAACCAGAAAGGAUCUGGAUCUGGAUCUGGCAACAAAAAGUCACAUGGCUAUCGCUAGAGAGAUCUAAAGGGAAACCCAAACCCACAGCCACACAACUAUCAUUCGAAUCGAAUCCCGCAUCCCAUUUAACAUUUCCAAAAUUUACGUUCUCUCGUGCUUGUUGUAUUUUGAUGUUUGUCCACUUGAGAGGGCAGCAAAAGAAUGAAUAAAAAAUUGUUA